CUUAAUCUUUGCUUAAAAAGGCAAUUGUUGAUGAUAAAGCUCGAAGUUAUAUCUUGCCAUAGUAAUUCGAGUGUGCUGAUACUUCGCUUCUUUGGGUAAAAAUCCCCACAGAUAUUGUUGAAGAUCCUGGCGACUUGUAGGUGGGUAACCGUUUACCUAGGCCCCGCGUAACUGGGGUCUUGUACUCCCCAUAUCUGGGGAGUUUAGAGGAGGAUUUAGUAUUUAUAUAUACCUAUAUGGGGUUAUGUGAUCAUAAUAUCUAUUCUCUGAAAUAUCCCACUUAGCGUAUUUCCUUACAAGCUAUACACGUGCCUUACUACGUUAAGCUACCUAUUCAACGGGACUGGUUACUACCUCUUACACACUUAUCCCCAAAGGUAAAAUUCAAUUUCAAGAUGCCCGCCAAACAGAAGCAGCCCGUGUACGUGCUCGGUGUGGGCAUGACCAAGUUCAUCAAGCCCCGCGGCAAAGUCGACUAUACGGAGCUCGGCUUCGAAGCUGGUGUUAAAGCCAUGCUCGACGCGCAUAUCAACUACGACGACGUCGAGCAGGGUAUCGCGUGCUACUGCUACGGGGAUUCUACAUGUGGCCAGCGCGUCUUCUACCAGUUCGGCAUGACCCAAAUCCCCAUCCUCAACGUCAAUAAUAACUGCUCUACUGGCUCUACCGGCCUUUCGAUGGCUCGGAACACCAUUGCUUACGGCGGCGCCGACUGCAUUCUCGUCGUCGGCUUCGAGAAGAUGAUGCGCGGCAGUCUCCAGAGCUUCUUCAAUGAUAGGGAGAAUCCCACUGGUACCUCGGGAAAGAUGAUGGCCGAAACUCGCGGCUACACGAACGCUCCCGGCGCGGCGCAAAUGUUUGGUAAUGCUGGCCGGGAAUACAUGGAGAAGUUCGGUGCCAAACUCGAGGAUUUCGCAGAGAUCGGCAGGGUUAAUCACCAGCACUCCGUCAACAACCCGUACUCCCAAUUUCAGGAUGUCUAUACCCUAGAGCAAAUGCUCAAAUCACCCAUGAUCCAUGAGCCCCUCACCAAACUACAGUGCUGUCCCACGUCGGACGGUGGCGCUGCCGCAGUCCUGGUCUCGCAGGACUUCCUCGAUGCCAGGCCGCACCUGAAGGACCAGGCCAUACUGAUCGCGGGCCAGUGCAUGGCAACAGACUCACCGAAUCUGUUCUCGCGCAGCGCGAUCGACCUAAUCGGCUUCGAGAUGAGCAAGCACGCGGCCGAGGUAGCGCUAGCUGAAGCCAAGGUCUCGCCGGCCGAUGUCCAGGUCGUCGAGCUACAUGACUGCUUCUCGGCCAACGAGAUGGUAACGCUAGACGCGCUAGGCUUAUGCGAACCCGGCAAAGCGCACGAGAUGGUACGCCGUGGUGACAUCACCUACGGCGGCAAGUACGUCGUGAACCCAUCCGGCGGGCUGAUCUCCAAAGGCCACCCCCUCGGCGCUACGGGGCUAGCCCAGUGCGCCGAGCUAGUCUGGCAUCUUCGCGGCUGGGCAAAUAACCGCGCGGUUCCGCAUACGAAGUACGCACUCCAGCAUAAUCUAGGCCUAGGCGGCGCCGCCGUCGUCACGGUGUACUGCCGUCCGGACCACGGCGAGGCGCAGAAGCGAAACUCGGCGGAUAUAGCUAGGGCGAAUGGCCUUGGGUAUAAUCCUGCUGUUGAAGCGAAAGGGUUUACGGCUGCGCAGUGCAGGAGCGUGCUUAGUAGGAAGGCGUCGAGCGCAUGGGCGCUACAGGAUACGGAGAAGAAGGUCGAGGCGAGAUUUUGAGUUAUAGGAUAUACGGGUAGGUUGGUGGGAAUUACACAUACUCGAAUCACGGGUAAAAUAUGUGUUUUCUUUUAGGGCUUAUGGAUUCAAGGCUUGCUGGAAGGUUUUGACAAUCUACCUAAGCUACGGUAUGAUAUGGUAUAGUAUGAAUUUACGAGAUGUAAUAACUACCUCCAAGGCAAGGUGUAUGUGGUAUAUUCGGAUGAUUAUUUAUUUAUUAGUCUAUUAGCUUCAUCUUGUGUUGAGGGGCCCCAACCCUCCAGUGCUGUCUUAGUCAAUGGGGAAGAACUAAAGACUGAGUGGUCGCGUGUGUAUAGUAAUUAGGUAGGUUAUCUAAGGUUAUGCUUCGGCCUAAGAUAAAUUGCGGUGGGAUAUCGAAUAUCAAAGUGUUUUUGGGGCUUGCUAGGCUCAGCCGCCGCCUCUUUAGUGUAUUGGUACUUUAGGAGGUAUGUUAACGCGGCAUUGACUCUCCUAUGAAAUGAACUAUACCUAUUCAUCGGAACUAUAGCUGUCUAUUCAUAAUCUUUCCCCUCGUCCCUUUUCUUUAUUUUGAAGACUCUCGUCUUUGCUUAUUAUUAACGCCGCGUUUAUAUUAUGCUAGUCUUCUUAGGGAGAGAAGGG